AUGGACGGCCCAGAUCAGAUCGGCCCCGACCAUUCGCCUAAGCGCCCAUUCAGCGACAAACUCCGCAAUGUCGCAAAGACUUUCACAACUCGGGAGGGCCUAUUAGGAGAUUACGACUAUGCAUACCUAUUUAUUCCCCGGUUACCAUUUACGAAACGGGCCCGCAAAUCCGCUCCGUUCUUCGGUCUUGAGGACCGCGUCCCAGUCGUCCUGGCUUUGAUCCUGGGGUUGCAGCAUGCGCUUGCAAUGUUGGCUGGUGUGAUUUCACCUCCCAUCAUGCUCGGUGGUUCAGCGGGUGUCAACUUCGGCGACGAACUAUACCAAUACCUGGUAUCGACUUCAUUGAUUGUCUCGGGCCUUCUGAGUGCUGUUCAGAUGUUCCGGCUACACAUUAAGGGAACAAAAUACUAUAUUGGAACUGGACUGCUAUCUGUCGUUGGAACAUCAUUUUCAACAAUCACCGUCGCCCAAGGCGCCUUCACCCAGAUGUACAAAUCAGGAUACUGCCCCACAGCCGAAGACGGAACAAAACUCGCCUGCCCAAAAGGCUACGGCGCCCUCCUCGGCACAUCCUGCCUCUGCGCCCUCCUCGAAAUCGGCAUGUCCUUCAUGAGUAGCAGAAUCCUCGCCCGCGUCUUCCCCCCUCUCGUCACUGGCCCAACCGUCCUCCUCAUCGGUGCCUCGCUCAUCAAGUCUGCCAUGACCGACUGGGCUGGUGGCUCGGGUUGUGGUGCUGAUCCUUCUAACCCGGGUAUGUGUCCUAGUGCUGAUGCGCCGCACGCUCUACCCUGGGGUAGUGCUGAGUUCAUCGGUCUUGGAUUCCUCGUCUUUGUUACUAUCAUCAUCUGUGAGCGCUGGGGUCCUCCAAUUCUGAAGAGUUGCUCUGUGAUUGUUGGUCUGCUGGUUGGAUCUAUUGUUGCAGCUGCCUGCAACUACUUCGAGUCUUCUGGUAUUGCGGCUGCGCCUGUGGCUUCUUUCGCUUGGGUUCAUACGUUCCCAUUGUCGGUUUACCCGCCUCUGAUCCUCCCACUGCUCGCGCUAUACAUUGUCAUCAUGAUGGAGUCUAUCGGUGAUAUCACUGCUACCUGCGAUGUCUCCCGCCUCCAGGUUGAAGGUGCUACCUUCGACUCCCGUAUCCAGGGUGGUGUCCUGGGUAACGGUAUUACCUGUCUGCUUGCUGGCUUGAUGACUAUCAGCCCUAUGUCCGUCUUCGCACAGAACAACGGUGUCAUCGCCUUGACGAAGUGUGCCAACCGCACAGCCGGCUACUGCUGCUGUUUCUUCUUGGUUGUCAUGGGUGUCUUCUCCAAGUUUGCCGCUGCGCUGGUUUCCAUCCCCAGCCCUGUACUCGGUGGAAUGACUGCUUUCCUGUUCAGUUCCGUGGCAGUUAGUGGUCUGCGCAUCAUUGCCUCGGUUGAGUUCACCCGUCGCAACCGGUUCAUUCUCACUGCCAGUUUCUCCCUUGGAAUGGGUGUCACUCUUCUCCCGGAGUGGUUCGCUUAUUUCUUUACCUACAGCGGUGAUAACCAUGCCUUGGAGGGUCUGCUGAAUGCUUGUGAUCUGGUCAUGGAGAAUGGCUUUGCUGUUGCGGCCCUGCUGGGCAUCUUCCUUAACUUGUUCAUCCCCGAGGAGGCGGAUGAUGUCCCUGCUAUGCUGGACUCGACUGAGUCUGAUGAUGGACGUACUCAGGUUGAUACUACUGCCCAUGAGUCGACUACUAAGAUGGAGCAUCCUGUUGCAUCCAGUGCUAGUGCUUGA